GUUCAGACUCACAGAGAGAGGAGGAGAAGACUGAACAGCAGACAGUUUGGAAGAAGAGAGCCCGAGGCAUCAGCAGUGAAACUAUCCAACAGAGAUGACUACAUCCACGGCUAAACUGCAGGAGAUCUACAACCAACAGGGCUUCCUCUCCGCGCUGCCUGUGUUGAAUGAGACUGAGCUGAGGGAAGCCAAACACGCCUUUUCUGAGCUGGAGAGGGAAUUUGGUGAGGAGUACACCUCGUACAGCCUCCACAAUGUUCACAUGCAGUAUCCGUGGGUGAGGGACCUGACCAAACAUCCUAAAAUCAUACAAGUGGUCAAAGCCGUCCUGGGCCCUGAUGUCAUCCUGCUGGACUCCCGCUUCAUCUGUAAAUACCCAGCACUCAAACCCGACGUUGAGGAGAGCAAAGAAGGAGAAACUAAACCUGGACUUCCAUAUGUGGCCUGGCAUCAGGAUAUGAGAUAUUGGGGUAUUGCUGGUGGCCCUGUUCUCUCUGUGUGGCUCGCUUUAGAUGACUCACUGCAAGAGAAUGGCGCCCUUCAGGUCAUCCCAGGUAGCCACUGCGCUGGCAUGUUGCCCCAUCGCCAAGCCACCCGCCCUGGAAACAUGCUGUCGGUCAAUCAGGAGAUCCCAGAGGAGCUGGUGCAGGCUGAUGAGGCUGUGUUGUGCCCUCUGUUAGCUGGGCAGAUGUCUAUUCAUGACGGACUCCUCGUCCACGCCAGUGAUGCCAACACAUCUCAGAAGAGGCGCUGUGGAUUUGUGAUCCGUUAUGUUCCCACCUGUGCAUAUCCCAUACAGGAUCCUGAUCGUCCCAGGAAGUUUGCUGCGACAGAGUUGGCCUGUGGAACGGAUGGGUUCAAUAAUUUCUCCAACAAAACCACAUAAAUACUUCCUGGAUUCGUCCUACAUGCAACAACAGUUACUUGUACACUUUAUUAGAAUAUUUUAUAGUUACCCCAAAUUGUACUAAAUUGCAAAGU